AUGUCUAACAUUCACUUCGCUAUUACUCACACACACUCAGAUGACUGUAAAUCCAUUUUUGUCAAUAUUUUCUCUCUUCUUUUCCUCUCAUUCAGAGUUCCCCGAUUACUUGCUCAGUUUGGGUGUUUUCUCAGGCUAGCCAAGGCCCAGUUUCUAUCUGAAUCUUAUUUGUCUUUGAACAAGCUGGCUUGCCCGGAUUGUCAUGAGGCGACCUGUGGUGUUGCAACUGCAGAAGACGGUGGAUGGGCAGCAGGAGUAUGCCAAGUUUGCUCAUAUACGGCGCAGGAGAUCCACUGA